CUUCAGGCAAGAAGAAGCGAGGGAGAGAGUCAGGCUCCUACUCUGGGGAGGUAAAGACGAACGAGGAAGGAGUGGAGGAGAGCGCCCCCCAGCCUCCGGACAUGAACCCUGUAAUCAACGCUACGACGGGCAGCACCAACAUGGCCCUCAUCAGUAGCGCACUGGCAGCCUACAACUACAUAGCAGACCACCCAGAGCGUGCAGCUCUCUACUUCCUGUGUGGCGUGUGCCUGGGCCUCUUCUUUACCCUCUUUGCUCUGGUCGUCCAGAUCUCAUGCCGCACCGACUGCCAACCCCGCCGUCGCCCCGGCACCAUCACCAAGAAGCGUCCGCGGCCCUCCGACUCCUCGUCCGACUCCAGAGACUCUGACUCGGACACCACGUCAGACCUGUCGGCCCGCCGCCACCGCCGUUUCGAGCGCACUCUCAACAUGAAUGUGUUCACAUCAGUGGAGGAGCUGGAGCGUGCACAGCGGCUGGAGGAGAGGGAGAGGAUCAUACGAGAGAUCUGGAUGAACGGUCAGCCAGAUAUACCCGGGACACGCAGCCUCAACCGCUACUACUGAGGCAGGACCGUAAAGGAACCUCUACUAGAUCUAGAAAGGGGGGGGGGCUGUGAAGGUUGGAGCGCAGUACUUGAGAUGGGAUGUGUAGGACCACAAAUGGACCUCUGGGGUUUGGGAAUGGGGCCCCAUGACCUGACGGGGACCUGCGAAGGUUUGGAACCCUCUGUCUGGAUA